UUAUAGACAAUGAUAAAAGGUUUCAUCUUUCCCGAAUCAACGACGGUCAAUGGCGAAGAAAUUUGUCAAAAAAUGAUCAGGCGCGUACAAAGAAAUGGAUUCUAUCAAUAUAACAUAAUUUCCGUCCUUAUGCUACCAUUUGAGGAUUAUUGUCAAAAAACACUACCAUUUGAGGGUAAUUUUAUAACAUUUUAGCUUUAGCCCGCAUUGACUCUGACUGGACCCCCUGUUAGGCCAUAAAAGAAGUAACCCCCGGGCUGUGUUCAUGGCCAACGAGGCCAUCCGCCUACCUCGCUGUUCUUGGCGGCGUUGAUGUGAUGACAAAAUGAUUGACAGGACAUGAUCACGUGGGACUGAAUUGCGUGAUUCAAGUUGAAGAGAAAGAACACGGAAAUAUGAGUAAUAUUGAAGAAAGACAGAUCGCGUCAAGGCAACUUUGAAUUGCGAGAGCUGCAUGGCCUAAUUGAUUGCAGUAGCUGCGUGGUACUUUCAUAAAAUACAGUGAAGAUUCGACGUUGAGCAACGAUUUGAAGGAAAAUGCUUGAACUCAGAUAUUUGGUUCUACUUUCGAUACUCAUACAAAACUACGAAAGCUUGAUUGAUAAAGGUGGGAUGUUACAUGAAAAAAACACAGUCGAACUCGGAGGGUACUUUGGGGUGCAUCUUCGCGGCACGACGAGUGAAUGUGGCAUCAUUGAUGACGAAUCUGGGGUUUAUCUGGUAGAGGCGAUGAAAUACGCAAUUUCCAAGUUAAAUGAGAACAAGAAGGAUUAUCCAAUACUGGCGGGCAAACUUGGAUACCGUAUUGUAGACACCUGCAGCUCGAUAAAAAAACUACGGAACGAUAUAGUUACUAUGCUAACCACAAAAAACAUACCGGCAAUUGUAGGACCAGCCACUUCCGAUGAAGCUAUACUAGCCUCGAUCUCAGUAGGAGUCUUUUCCAUGGCGGUACUCAGCUACUCGGCGACCUCAAUUGAACUGGCUGACAGGGAGAAGUAUCAUAACUUUUUUCGUACAGUCCCGUCCGAUUAUGCCCAAACGCAUGCUUUAUUGGGCAUUUUGAAGCACUACAAUUGGACAUAUGUUUCAACUGUGAAUUCUGAUGGGAAUUAUGGUCAACGCGGGAUGGAUAUGUUAAUCAGCAUGUUCGAGUCUGCGGGAAUCUGCGUUUCCUCAAGAAACAGCUUGCCUGCAAAAGCAAAACGAGAAAACUAUUUAUCUGUGAUCAAGAAUUUGAACAAAGACAUUAAUGCCAGAACCAUUGUUCUAUUUACAACCGCGGAAGAUACCAACGGGCUGUUGAAAGCAACAGGAACACAAAGCAGGUUUACGUGGCUAUCUAGCUCUGCCUGGACGGCUGAUAUGGAGACUAUCAGAAAUGCAAGAGAGGCUGCAAAAGGUGCAAUCAUUCUGAACUAUGCAGAAAUCAAUAAUGAGGAUUUUUUCAAUUAUUUUAAGAGUCUUAACCAAAACAAUACGAAGUAUAGGUGGUUCGAAGAGUUUUGGAAUAAGACUUUCGAUUGCCAAACGCAAAAUUGCACAGGAAAUGAAGAUCUAACAGCAAGCGUCUUCUUUGGAAAAUAUGCAGCUGCGGGGGCGGUGAUCGACGCUGUGAAAACAUACGGAGCAGCCCUCGAAUGCGCCUUGAGAGAAUACUGCCUCCGGUACAAUGUAACAGCUGCUACUUGUGUGGAAAGGCAUUGGUUGUAUUUCAGGGGGAAAACACUGGCUGUGUUGCAAGGUGAUCCAAGGUGCAAAUAUAUCUUCAACAACUCGGUAUCUUUUGAUAAAUAUGGAAGCUAUAAUCGAGAUAUUCAACUCAUAAAUUUUGAUGGGAAAGACUAUCACACUGUCGGCUAUUGGAAAAAUCAAGGCAGCGAACUGAAUAUUGAUGACAGAAAAAUCAUAUGGUACGAUGGUGGCAGAGAUCCUCCAGAGUCCAUUUGCUCAAGGCCAUGCAAAGCAGGGUACAGGAAAGUACAAAGUAAGACCAAAGAAUGCUGUUUUACAUGUCAUGCUUGCAACGGCGAUGAGAUUCUUGUCAACAACACAUGCAUCAAAUGUGCGAAAUUCCAGCUCCCUAACCAAAACGUAACAACCUGCACCAAACUUGCCAAGCUGCGAGUGAAACUCUCUAAUCAUCUGAGCAUAAUUGUAGUCGCAGAAUCUACCGUUGGAAUCAUUUUAAACACUUUCGUUUUGUUUCUAUUUAUUAAAUACAGAGAGUCAAAAGUGGUCAAAUCGUCAAGUAGAGAACUGUCAUUUUUCAUGCUUGCUGGACUCUACCUCUGUUUCAUAUCGCCAUGUACUUUCCUGCUGCAGCCAACAUUGGUUCGUUGUGGACUUCGACGAUUUAUUUUUGGCCUAAGUCUGACGGCAUGCUACACGCCUCUCAUGCUGAAAACCAACCGAAUUUACAGAAUAUUCAAAGCUGCGCGGAACAUGGGUUCCAUGCCUUAUUUGGUCAGUGCAGCAUCACAGAUCUGGAUAUGCUUUGGGUUGUUGGCAAUUCAACUGCUCUUGUCAGUAAUGUGGGUUGUAGGUGAUCCCCCUGUAGUCAAUCACGUGCUAGUCUCAGAGUACAAAAUGGUGGCUGAUUUGUGUGGCGCAGAUAUAUUCACGAUUGCUAUCAACCUCGUUCCAUGUUUUUGUAUGUUGGCAGUGAGCACUGUAUACGCCUUCAAAUCGCGCAAGUUUCCAAAGAAUUACAACGAAGCUUUCAAUAUCGGUGUCACGAUGUAUGUCAGCUGUGUUUUAUGGGCCAUCUUUAUCCCCGCACUUCUUAUUGUAAGGAUAGACAGCAAAAAUCCAUUUGGCACAACAUUCGUGAUAGCUAAUUUUAGCAACGUUAUCGGGCUUGUGUCCCUUGCUGGCUUGUUUGGUCCAAAAACAAAACGUCUCCUCCAGAGUGGUAAGCAGGAAGAUGCAAGUAUAAUGUUUACAAAUGGUGACAAAAGUGUGGAUGGCAUUGUGGCCGUGGAAUUUAAAGCCAAUCCAGGUUUCGAGGAGGAUGCAGAAUUAGCAAAGAAAUACCCAGAAAAUGGAGUGAAAAUGAACCGAGUCAAUAUAAGUCAUAGAAAGUCAUUUUAAUGUCAGUCUUUGAUCGUGACGAAGAGGGCAUUCAGCUACGUCUUAGGUUUGUCAGAUAAUGCAACCAUGAUAACUUUGAAUCUGUAACUCGUUUAGUUCAUGUUUACGCAGAGAAUUCUCUCAGUUUGGAGAAAGGAAAGUCGAAUUUUUCUUAUUUAGUAUUUAAGGGUUUGAGGAGAAAUUAUAGCUCUUGUAGUUCAUUAAGUACUCACAGGUAUGGCAUUGAUGAAAAUACAUUGUGGCCUAAUUAUUUAUGGCCUAAUCGAUCGUUUUGAUUCAGAUGGCUUAGAUUUAUUGAGAAAAUUGAACAUUUUAUGAAUGUUAUAUCAAUCAUCACUAAUGGAAAUGACUGCUACCCGUGUAUCUCAUAGUUUUUGCGCCGUUAAGCCAAACUGUACUACCUUUCGAUGUGUACAUUCUAUGUAGAUCUCGUUUCAUACACCAAUGUUUAAACAGUUUUAAAAAAAGUUUUAUUACAAACACUUGAUAACUUUAAUCAUUUUUGUAGAUACACUUCAUCCUAACAAUUGACACAAAGCAAAUUCAAUUAAAGUAUUUUGCACUGAUGUUUGAGCUGAACUACGGCACACAGCGACCAAAAAACCAAAAAAAUUCACAUUUUAAACAUUUAAUUUGUACCAGUGACACCCGCACGAAAAAAAGCCAAACAACAGAUAAUUUUCUUUAUAAUAAAUCUUUUAUUUGCUGUCAAUGUUUUAACAAAUGUCAUUUUCGCGACAAAAUGACGCCACUUAUCGUGCACCAAGUUACUAGUUACGAAGUUCAAAAAAUUACUAUUAUUCAUUGGGUCAGACAUUAAUAUUCGAGAAGCAAAGAAAACAAUUACGAUUAUGACUGAAUUUUUUACCUUGUCCAAUCUAGCAAAAGUUGCAGUGAAACAGCGCUUGAAUUUUAUUGAAAUUUGGAAGCAUUGGAAAACACGAUCGGAAGCAAUUAUCGAUACGAGAAGAUUUUGAUAAACAUAUUUAACCAACUAUAGUCCCAAUGAGCAUUUGUUUUAUGACUUCAAGAGCAUUCUUAUGAAAAAUCUAUAAACUUACAAAUAUUUAUACCAUUAUAAGCUUUUAAAUUCUUUAAAGCUUUUCCAGCGACUCUAGAAUGAGAUGAAACAUAAUAUUUUCGUAUCUUUAUAUUAAAAAUAAAGAAAAAGCCUUAAUAACCAACGGAUUGAAUGAAAAAUAAAACAAAUAGUAUAAAAUAACGCUGAAUAAGACAAUAUGUAACGCAUGCGAUGGAAGAGACGCAUCCUACGUUAAGAACGAUCUGUACACUACAUACACUAAAAGACUAGCGAUUGAAUUUAAAUGCAAGAAUUUCGAUAGAACUUGCAAAGCAUCAAGUUGUUACGGAUUGUCCAAGUCAGAGACAAAAUACGUAGACGAAAAAAUAAUUUCACGUUGGCCCAGACAAAAUGGCCUAAAUUGUCGUAGGCCCAAGAUACCAAAAAUGGU